CUAUCUAUCUCAUCAUUCCACUCCCAAACCAAAGCAAAGCACGGCAGCCAGCACCAGUACAAAAAGCUGCUGCCUUCCCAUCGCUUCUUGGCAUAUAUACCUAUCUAAUCCAGCGCUGCUCACCACCACCAAGACCUUUUGCUGAAGAAGCUCAGCAAUGAUGCGAGGGUCUUUGGUCUUGGCCGCGGCUUCCGGAGAGAGUGGGAUUUUGUGAUCAGUGACCAGUGACGUCGAGACAUUGGCGAGCGAGGAAGUGUGAGUGCGAGUAAAACCUGAGUCUUGGUUGAUCGGAGUGUUCUCUUCUCCAUGACAGGAUCAUUCUCAUUCUUUGGACACAGUUUUGUGGAUCAGAUCAGUGGAAUUGUAGGAAUUGAGACUUUGACGUACGUAUGCACCUACCUUGAAGUGGCUGGCAGGAGGGGCAUUCUUCGGUAUCGGUAUCGAGCCUGCCGAGAAAUUUGAAGGAGGCUCUUUUUGGUUUGUCUUCCCAACCUCUCUUAUGUUGAAUUUGAAUCGGGAACUGCCACUGCGCUUUUGGAAUUGGAUUCGGUCUAUCAUGUCUCGCUUCCUCACGAUGCCAGCUGUGCUCUGUUUCGUUCCGAUAUCUGGUGGCGUUCAGGUCCCGUGACUUUAAUUGGGCACUGAAACAUACUUAUGCCCCAGGAAGGGUGGGAUAUUUCGUUGUCAUUAGAGCAAACAUCUCUUUUAGUAUCAAUUGGUCGUUUUGAAUUCAAGCUGACUUCAUGAUGAAUCAGACAGUUCAGUCCUUGUUUGGUGUUGGUACUUUGAUGUCCAGAAACAAGGAGAGCAGAAACAUCAAUGCUGGCGCCGACCCAGGCUGUCCACAUCCGAACAAGACCUGGCAAGAAGCACAGCAAUGUUCUGAGCAGUUCGGAAUCAGUAUCCACGUAUUCUGGCGACGGCUAGAAGCCUACUUGCUUACACCAAAAGGAUGAGAUCGACGCAACGUCUAGCUACCAAGAGGCAACGGACGAACAAAAACGCCAAAGCCAGUGAAGGAGUCCAAAUAACUGCCCUUGGAUGGACAAAGACUCACCAGCUUCAUUCCCUUCGGGUCGCGAGUUUCACCGAGGACUCUACAGCGCAGGCUGAGUUGUCUUUGAGUGCGACUAGGGUGUAGAAAUUUCGACUGAUUUAAGCGACCCUGCUCAUGUCACUCGAAGUAAACAACAACAACUCGACAAAGCUACAGGCAAUUGCAAACCACAAAUGCGCCAACACCACUUGUCCAAUCAAUUGUUAUAGCUUCCCAAAAUUGUGACAAUGUCACUCCCAGCUUAUCAAUCGAAAGACCAAGCCUACGAGGCUGGCAUGGCAGCCCUUGCUCCUUACCUUGAUGGUAGCUCCCUCAACUCGCUAUCGCGUGUCAACAGUACAUUUUUCAAAGUUUUUGGCAGUUAUCUGUGGAAGGACCCAAUCAAAAUCAUCUACAAGUCACGUACUCCUUACACCAAGGCCAUCAAAUUUAUCUCUCAGAAGCAUGGAGAGCGCUUCAGUGAUGUCGUCCAGAUCUUGGACUUCCGUCCACUUAUCAGAUUGAAGGAUAAUGGCUAUUUGAUUCACGACUUUAUUCCGAAUGAGCGGUAUUUCAAUUGCCACUACAUCCUCAACAUCCUGACAUACUUCAAGAAUCUAAAGUUCGUGGUCCUUGACGAUAUCCAAAACUCUAGAAAUGCCUACUUCUACGACGAGACCUACACACGCUAUAACAUCAAGCCCCUACUCCUCAGUGUCUCCAGCUCCGUCCUCCUCGAUAUGAGCGCUGUACUUGAAGCAGAUAUGUUCUCCAACCUGAUGUACUUGGACAUAUCAGCAACAUACCAUGCUCCUGCAGCGAUCGCAUCCCUUAGCAACUAUGAAUUUGGCAAUUUACGCAUCGUGAAGAUGAGUAACAUGCGACUUACAAAAUUGCCCCGCUUCGUUCUCGCUCUUGGGUUGCGAUUGUGGAGUCUGGAUGUUAGUGAGAAUCUCCUCACAGACAUAGACAUCGAUGCCCUGAUCUUACACUGCAUCAAGCCCGCAAUCUCCCGUCCUGAUUCAUUGACUCCGCAAGUCACUGAUGCAGCAUUCUUCGACCAUCCGCCGGAGUAUACACUCCACGGUGAUGUCCAGGACGAUAUACCAGCACGACGACCAGACAGCACAACUCCAUUCAUCGAAGCCAUGCUCAACACUGAUGAUGAUGUGUCCAAUCCGAUGUAUGCCAACACCGGCCUUACCCAGCUCUACAUCUCAAGCAACAGGCUCACAUCUGUUGGCACAAGGCUUCUACUGCGAACCACAAACCGAUUGCAGGUCCUUGAUCUAGGAGCUAUGCAAAGCGACGUCCACCCAACGAUGAUACAUGCAGAACACGCCACCAUCUUCCACACCAACGGACCUAACCUCAUGCCACCCUCUCACCUAGAGCGAAUCCGCAUCCACCACUCCUUCGUCACCUACGUCCCGACUCUAACCCUAGGCUCCUCAACACACUACCACGAAGCCUACAUCCAGCAAGCCGAGAUCUUCGCACAAGGCUACACCUCCGACCCAAACAUAUCCUACGACCCUCUCCAAAACCACCGCAUCACCCACCUAAUACUCACACACAUCCCCACCAAAUCUUACGGGAUCCUCAUCGACCACCUCAUCGCCCUCAUCCGCAAAGUGACAAAACAGCACCAGGACAUUGAGACUGUCCGCGCAGCUGCGACCCGUCACCGCCGCUCGCCAGUCCUGCUCCCGGGGUUGCGUCUGCUGCGGUUGGAGUUUAUUCAUGAUGAUGGGAGGGGGGAAAUGUCCUCGUCUUAUUCUUCUGUCUCGGGAGAUAGGGAUGCAGAUACGUUCUUGGAGAGGAGUUUGGGGGAUUUUUCGUUCUUUGGGGAGGGAGAGGGUGGGGAUGGGGGGUUGGCUGCGGGAAAGAUGAAGAAGGAGAAGGACAAGAAGGUGAAGGGAAGGGGGAAGGAGAAGGAAAAGGAGAAGGUCCUACGGGACGUAGUUGCUGAAUUAAAGACAUUUAGAGAGAAGGAGCAACCCCGGUGGUCCGGGCAGUUGCAGUUGGUUGUCCCAGCGAGGGGACUUUGAAUGUUGGUAUCUUGGGUGGGGCCGUUGAGGACGAUUGUCUUUCUGUUUGUUUAAAUACCCUGUCUAGUUAGCAAAAUAUACCAAGUCAUGAUUUUCAA